AUGCCAGAACAAAUCGUUCACUCGUUCAUUGCUGUUCUUAUGAAAUCCCCCAUGAGCAGGUGGACAUAUAAUUCACUACCGAGAGCUCACUUCACUCUGGCUUAUAUAAAGUACCACCCAAACCUACCCGCUAUAAUAUUGCGGACGUCCUUCUUAGUCACGGUUAGGGUCGUGUUAACUUGUCUUUCAAAGGUGUGGUGGUCUUCCGCUCCACCGAAAGCUCGCCGGUCUCAGUUCAGCCAACCUGCCUCUACCGCUAUUUCUCUUGUGGUUUUAUCGCUGGUGCUAAGACCUCCAACUACCCAGCUGAUCCUACUGCGUUUGCAUGGAAUUCGCUUUUUCCAGCCCCCAGCCAUCCAGGGCGUCCCAUUAUACUGUUACCACGCAUCUCGCUCUGUCUGUAACGCCUUCAUCUCAGCCGCUCCAUUCUCCGGAACCAUAAUGCUAGUUUUUGAAACAGACCCCAAAGACCACACUAAUUCACUAGCGGAAUAUCUUCGUAGCUCAUUAUGGCUAUCCUUCGCCAUCCUCACCUCGUUCCAGAGCUACAGCGAUGAAGGGUCGAGAUCCUUCAUUCUCCUAAACCCCCUGUUACUAUCGACUCCUUGGAUGAAGUUGAGCGUGCCAAAGCCCAAGGGUAGUUUGGUUGGAAAAAUCCCACUAUGUCCUGAUUUAGCGAAAAGGCAAGAUGCGAAGCGGAUAUAUGUGCUGGAUAAUUCCUACCGCGACGCUCAUGCUGAUGUAGAGAGGACUACUGAGUACCUUGGUAUUGCAUCCGAUACAUAG